AAAAAAUUUCUCGAGCACCUUCUUCAGAAAAUUAAGAGAAAUGUGCUAUAUAGAUAAUGUAUAAUAAAUAUGGUCAUUACUCGUGGCGACGAAGAACGUAUUAGAUUAGCAGCUCAAAACGAUAACAUGGAUCACGAACGACUUGCAGCUCAAGCACAAUUUGAACAACGACAACAAGAACUCGAUAGGCGAGAACAAGAAUUAAUACAACGUAUAGCGGAUCAUGAACAACGCGAGCGUGACUUGGCAGAACGAAUUGUCGUGCAAAACGGAAUCGACCAUAAUCCUGAAGAAAAUCAAAACGCACUUCAACCUCCGGGCAACAAUGUAGCAGCCAUCGGUUUGGUAAAUAUGCAACCAAACGGUAUAGACAAUCACCGUAGUAUCAAAUUACCCAAACUAUGUGCAAACGAACCCGAAUUAUGGUUCGUUCAAAUUGAAUCUAUAUUCACUAGUCACAAUAUUAAUGCCAAAGCCGAAAAAACUCAGGCCCUUCUGGCAAAUGCCGACGGUGAUUCGUUAAAUUGCGUCAAGCAUAUAAUUAUGGCAAAUCCUCCACCUGCAGAUUCAUACACUCAAAUCAAGAAUGGAAUAAUUGCACACUUUUCGGUUUCUGACGAAUCUCGCGUUUAUCAAUUACUGCGCGGUGAUGUUAUCACAUCCGGUAAACCAUCCCAAAUUUUAAAUAGAUUGAGAAGUUUAAAUUCCGGUAAUAUUAGUGAAGACGUUUUAAAAGCAAUUUUUCUUACUAAACUUCCUAACCAACAUCAACUCGUGCUCGCAUCGUCAGGUAAUGUAUCGUUAAAUGAUCUAGCAAAAAAGCUGACCAAAUAGCCGAAGUCGAUCGCGUUAACAAUACUACCAUCUCAGCCGUAUCUAGUACAUCAGAAAAAUCAGAGGAAAAAAAAAAUUUGAAACUUUAGUUGCUGAAGUAGCUUCUCUAAAAACCGAAUUUGAAAAAUCCCAUAAUUCACGAAAUUUUAAUAAUUAAAGAUACGAUAAUUAUUAUUAUUAUAAUCGAGGUCGUAGCAAUUCACAUCGCGGAUACCGCGGACGUUCUAAUUUUUGGCGUGGUCGAUCUUCUUUUCGAGGUUAUCAAAAUGGUCGAUCAUUUGGUAGAGGAAGAGGCAAUCGAGGCUAUUAUUAUAAUAAUAAUGAUAAUAAUAGAAGCCGUAGCACAUCUAGAAACGACAAUAACAAAAAUGAUUAUAGAAAACGCGAUCGUUCCCAUUCCUCGGGAAACGAUUAAAGCCGCAGUGUAGCGAGGCAAAUUCUGCGAGCAUCGAAUCCCGUCGCCUCCACAUAACUGAUAAAAAAACCGGGUGGACAUUUUUAGUCGACACGGGCUCGGAUUUAUCCAUUUUACCCGUUCGCUUAAUAAAAAGAAAUAAACCAUCUCAAGUUAUUCUAUACGCGGCGAAUAAUACAAAAAUUAAAACUUACGGAAAUAAACAUUUAAUAUUGAAUUUGGGAUUAAGACGGGAAUUCUCGUGGAAUUUUAGUGUAGCCGAAGUACCUCGUCCGAUUAUUGAAGCUGAUCUUUUGGCACAUUUUGGCCUGUUAGUCGAUUUGAAAUCACAUAGAUUAAUUGACCCUCUCACACGGUUCAGUUGUGUGGGUAGUAUUAAAACCGCAUUACUAGCAGGAAUAAGUCUAAUCGAUAAUGAAUCCCAUUAUGCGAAUUUGCUUCGAAAAUAUCCAGAAGUUAUUAACGUAAAUUUUCCCACUAUCGUAAAGUCGGAAAAGGUCAUGCACCAUAUCGAAACAACUGGCCCCCCCUCCGCUCAAAAAGCUAGACGAUUAACCCCAAAAAAUUACGUGCUGCUAAAGAAAUACUCGGUAAAUUGUGUAAAGCUAAUGUAUGCCGACCAUCUAACGCUUCUUGGGCC